UAUUGUGUAAUUCUAUCUUGUUUGAUUUGUAGAAAACACAGUACUGAUUCCGAAUAUUCGUAAUCUCUUUUGUAUGCGUUUCUAAAUCUACAUUCAUAACAAAUCUUACAAGAAAAUUAAUCUGUUUUUUAAAGAAUCGGCACCUAACUAUGGCUGCGAGAAACCUAAACAGUGAGAACACAGACAACGUUCACAUUGACAGGGAUGCGAGCGAUAAAGUCGCUAUAAUGAGUCUGCCUCUUGGCAUAGAGGAAACUAAAAAUUUUGGGACUGCAAUUGCAAAUGAAAAGUUCAUAAAAGAAGUCGGCGAAUUGCUGAAACAAAUGGGCCAAGCUUUAAAAGAUGAUUACGACUUACCUCAAACGGAAGAACUUAGAAACUUCCAAGAACGCUUCUCAGGUUUUAUUCAGAAAGUUUUCUCUACAGUGGGCAUUGUUCUAGAUUGGUUGGAAGCUUCAGCUGCGAACGCUAAAGUGAAAGAUAAUCGCAAGAAGCAUGCGAAUGUCGACAAGACUAAUACACAAGAUCAACUAGAUUAUCCAGACGGCAAUGUAGAGAACGACGGUCAAUUCGAAAAGAAGGAAAAUGUGUUAAGAGGGUUGUAUCACAUUGUAGCUCUUGGCUCUCACACCACCCUUGUGGGAUUGCUUGAACUAGCCUGCAAAGUCCUAGACCUGCCAGAAAACGCUUACAAAGCCAAGCAAGAGCAUAUCAAAGAAUGCCUUAAAGAAUUUGAAGUUCGGAAAAAAAAUUUGUUUAUACUGGUAGAAAAAGCUUGUGAUCUUAUGGAAAAAAUCACCAGCGAAACUUCUGACUACCGUAGAAAAGCGAUUGAGAUUGAAUUUAAUAGAAUCGUUCGUCAAGCAAACAUGAUCAUUGAGUCCUGUAAGGAUUUUUUAUCCGAUGCAGACGAGACAAUCGAAGAACUAAUAAAAAUCACGAGCGUAUUGAAAAACUUUUCUCGUGUUCUCCGUUUUCUUGGUUGGGGUGCAACCUGUUACACUGCCUAUAAAAUUACCUAUUCUUCACCAUCAGUUGAUAGCUUAGCAAAUUCUAUUCCAUCCACUGGUUUAAGCUUGCUGAGAAAACUGGCAAUUGGCUCUGGCCUGAAAGGUGUUAGUUUUGCAACAGUAUGUGUCGCCUCCGGCUAUGCGUGGUUGUCUUGUCUACCCAGUCGAGUCUUUACAUUUCGAAAUGAUCUGGAGCAUCUGAAGCUCAAACACAGGCGUUUGAAGAAAGCUCUACAUCAUUUAGAAAGACGACUAAAAAAUGCAGUCGAUGAAGUCAAUGAGCAUGCAAGGCAGAGCUCCAAUCGUGAGGACGAUGUAUAAAUGCAUAUUUAUGAGAGACAAACUCAUAUCGAUUCCACGGCCCAUUGGUACAUUAAAAGGCUGUUAAAAUAUAUGCAGUUAGCUAAAAUAGUGUUACCGAGAAGUAGCUACUUUUAAAUUAGUUAGCGUACGAAAUGUUCGUUUGAUUCAUUCAUUCAUUUGUUUUAACGGUAGCUAUAUUUUAUUAUGUGUUUCGUUUUAAUUUGAUGAUAGCUAUAGUACAUGUAAUCUCAUUACCUAGUUUUGGUCUUUUUGUAUGCAAUAUUAAUUAUUGAGUAUAGCUAAGUUGUAACACUACAUCAGCUUAGUAAUUAAAAAGUAAUGCAUGCGAAUUCUCGAUAUUUUGUUAAGAGCGUGGACAAUUGAAGACUUAAGACUGUAUCCCGUUUUCAAAAAGCCUACACACACACACGCUCUCACUUGCUGAGUGCGAAUCAUAAAUCUUGAUCGCACUAAUCAUUGGUCAACUCAUUUCUCCAUCAAUGCAUUCCAUGUUUUUCUCUAAUAUAUUUCAAAUCAAACAAUCAGUGCAAAGCGUCUUCUCACCAUUAUAGGGAGAUUUUGAGGCAAAGAAUAUGCAAUCAAGUCCUAUGCUUAUGCUGGCAAAACCUUAGCAACUAGUAAAUCCGGUAUAUAAAAACGUUGAUUCAUCCAAUGAAAAAAAAUAUAAAUAUAAAGUAAAGUCUUUCAAAGAAUCUUUAUUAUUUAAAUAUUGUAAGAUUUCUUGAAUAUUCGUUUCACGAUUUCCGAUUGCGAAAUAUUCACAUAUUUUUCAGAAAGAGUUGAUGUUAUCUUGAAAAUAUCUAUGUAUAAAUGCCAGUAGUGGCUUGGACGCAAAUUGUUUAAAUUAUAAAGUAUAUAUGAAUGAAGUUAGCCUCUCUAUAGUUUCUGGUUUCUAAGACAAUAUAGAAAAGAUAUAUAAAGAGUGUCUUUGUUAAGUUAGCAAAACACGAAUGACGAAAGAUUAUAUGAAUACCGCAAUUACAGAGAGACAAUAUACAUGCUCAUAAGUAAGAUCGCAAUAAAUAUUUUUAACAGCUUUGUUA